CUACCUGUGCCCUCCCUUCCUGUCACCUGCGUCCCUUAUGUACACCCAUGUGCACCUAAUCACCGCCACCUAGUGUCCAAAGUGUCAAUAUAAAUACUAACAAACAAAAUAUACUUUGCCAACAACAACCCAUAAUGGUCCCUACAAAUAUAUUACAUGUUUUGCGAACAGUUUCAUAUAUACAAGUAAAGUGGUUUUGGCAACUUUUAGUUUUGGACAUCUCCGACCGCCCGUGAAGGCACCACUAGAGCUCUGAGCAGCAGUGAUGUCAUCAGAGCAGCAGGAAAGCAGAGACUUUAGUUAGUCGGCUUUGAAUUGUCAAAUUUGAUAGGAACCACUGGACCAUCCUACGACAGGAAAGGAGAUAAUUGCGUCGGAAAUAUUUAAACAGUGACGUAUCAUUCGGCCGUUCACAAGAACUAACGAUCAUGGACCGAAAAAUGCAGAUUAUGUAACUUCACUUCCUGGUUGUGAAGUUAGACACGUGAUUGGCAGAGAGCGCUGAGGGCGAAGCAACCAGACUGCGCAUGCUCAGAAAACAGCGGAAGAGCAGAGAAAACUCUACUUCAGUAAACACACUUUCUUCAUCAGAGAUGGGGGGUCAGACAUCCUCCAUGGAAGGCGUCCACGUCGUGGUUGUUGGUGGUGGAUUCGGGGGCAUCGCGGCAGCUCAGCAUCUGAAGGCUGGAGGACUGAGCUUCACUCUCAUCGACAUGAGAGACGCUUUUCACCACAACGUGGCCGCACUCAGAGCAUCGAUUCAACCGGGGUUUGCCCAAAGGACCUUCAUCCCGUACAAGGAGACGUUUAGAGAGACUUUUGUCCAGGGACGAGUUCAGAGGAUUGAUACUGAGAAACAGACGGUUGUCCUGGAGGGAGGGAGGGAGAUCGAGUACUCCCACCUCAUCCUCUGCACUGGGACUGAUGGAGCCUUCCCAGGGAAGUUCAACACUGUGGCGUCGUACCAGAGUGCCGUCCAAGCGUACGAGGACUUCGUAAAACAGGUCCAGGCUGCAGACUCAGUCUUGGUGAUCGGAGGAGGGUCGACCGGUGUGGAGAUGGCUGCUGAGAUAAAGACGGAGUAUCCAGACAAGAAGGUGGUUCUAAUCCACUCCAGGGUCGCGCUGGCUGACCCAGAGCUGCUCCCCAGCGUCAGACAGCAGGCCAAGGAGGUUCUUCUGGAGAAAGGAGUGGAGCUGGUUCUAGGUCAGAAGGUGUCCAACCUGUCGGAGCUGCAGCUCAACGUCACCCAGAAGAACCACGAGGUGAGGACAGAGAGAGGAGAGGUUCUGACCUCAGAUCUGAUCAUCUGCUGCACCGGCAUAAAGGUCAACUCUGCAGCCUACGCCUCCAGCUUCUCCAGCUGUCUGGCCGAUAACGGGGCACUGAAGGUCAACGACCACCUGCAGGUUACAGGCUUCUCCAACGUCUUCGCUGUGGGAGACUGCGCUGACGUCAACGAGCCCAAGAUGGCAUACCACGCCGGGCUGCACGCUGCCGUCGCCGUGAGCAACAUCAGCAACAGUCUGAGUGGGAAGGAGCUGACCUCGUACCGCACAGGUAACGUCACCAUGUUGCUGGCGAUGGGCCGUGACGACGGCGUGGGUCAGUUCAACGGGCUGAAGUUGCCUCGUUGCGUUGUUGCUUUGGGGAAGAGUCGAGAUCUCCUGCUGUGGAAGAGUUGGCGGGAGAUGCAACAGCAGCAACCCUGAGGACUCCUGUACUAAGGACCUUCACUCACUUCAGAAAAAAUGAGGAAAGAUCAUUUUUUAUGUUGACCGAUUGAUAGAUGGAUUGAGCACGUUUGUACAUCCAGCUUGUUUUCUUUCUACAAUGUUUAAAUAUUGGAGAAUGAACUGAUAUCUGUUUGUUGCUCAGGUAAUUUAUGUUUGCGCAGGAACUUAAAUGUUUUGAAUUCAUACAAAGAUGCUUCUUUUAUUUGAGUUCUGAUGGAAAUAAAGGUCUCAGACUCUGUUUAA